GCUGAUGUCUCAUAUCAUCUCUGACGUUGUUAACACCGUCUCCGAUUUUUUCCCCGUGAAGCGAUUUGCCGCACUCUUUCCAGCUGUUGCCACGUCACCGACAAUCGAAUCAGUAAUCUCCCCACCAAGUGUCGAUAUGUCUCCAAUUAUUCGUCUGGCUGGCCUCUCGGGAGCUGUUGCCAUUUCUCUUGGAGCCUACGGAUCUCAUGUUCUCCGUGACAAUCCAUCAAUCGAUGAACGUCGGCGAACCGCUUUCGACACGGCUUCUCGUUAUCACUUGAUCCACUCCCUGGCUCUUCUUGCGUCUCCAGCUGCUCGAUUCCCACUUGUAACUGCUGGCCUUUUCACUGCUGGAAUCACUCUAUUCUGUGGUCCUUGCUAUCAUUAUAGCAUUUCUGGAGUCGAGACAACCAGGAAAUACACUCCAAUUGGUGGAGUUACCCUCAUUAUCGCUUGGCUCUCAUUCAUUCUAUAAUUUAUUAUAUUCCCAUACCUUCAUUGUACAAUUUGUCAUCUAUUCUACCAGUGUCUACCAGUGAAUAAACUGCUUAAUUCUUGUAA